GUCAUGCACUCGUCGGUUGAGCGAGCGCGCCGCGGUUUUUGCGUGACCCGAUUGGAGUAUUAGAGGAAGCUUCCUUCUGUCAGAUUGGUAUCUACACGGUAACCUGUUCUCCCCACUCCACACCACCACUAUCCCUAUUACCGGCAUCUACCACCCGAGUCGAUGCUACCUGGAAAACGAAGUGCCGAAAUUAUGUCCGUUUCGGUGGCGUUCAUUGGAGUACUGAUGCUGCAUUCGGUCUCCUCGCAGAACGCUGGCUUUGUGAAGUCUCCCCUGUCUGAGACCAAACUAACAGGUGACACCUUUGAGUUGUACUGUGACGUGGUCGGUAGCCCGACCCCAGAGGUUCAGUGGUGGUACUCCGAGAUCAACCGGGCCGACUCUUUCCGCCAGCUCUGGGACGGCGCCCGUAAACACCGCGUCUCCAUCAACACGGCGUAUGGCACCAACGGCGUGAGCGUUUUGGGCGUGACUCGUCUCGGCCUGGAGGAUGCUGGGACGUACGAGUGCCGGGCCAGUAAUGAUCCAAGGAGGAAUGACCUGCACCAAAACCCUGCCACCACCUGGAUCAGAGCACAGGCCACCGUUACUGUGUUGCAGAGAGAAAAGCUGUCAAACAAAGAGGACCAUAUCACCCCAUCUAAUCACUACAGCCCUGCCCUAACACUGCAGUUCUGCCCCCUACACAUGUACAGUCUGCCCCCUACACAUAGGAUUGAUUGUUUUGUGGUGUUUGUUUUGUGUAAAUAUAGCUUGAAGAAGCCCAGAGGAGAGGAUGCAGGGGAGUACAUGUGUGUCUACACCUUUAAAAUGGCUCCUCCUGCUAACGCCACCAUCGAGAUUAAAGCUGUUCCUGACAUCACAGGCCACAAGCGUAGUGACAAUAAGAACGAGGGCCAGAAGGCCCUCCUCUACUGUAAGGCCACUGGCUACCCCUACCCUAUCUGGACCUGGCACAAACUGGACAAUGGGUUCUACGCGGACAUUGAAAACUCCUCCGGCCGUUUCUUCAUUAACAACAAAGACAACUACACUGAGCUGAGCAUCAUCAACCUGGACAUCGGCUCCGACCCGGGGGAGUACCAGUGUAACGCCACCAACAUGAUCGGCACCUCGUCCGUGGUGUCUGUACUGCGGGUCCGGAGCUACCUGGCCUGGCUUUGGCCUCUGCUGGGCGUCCUGGCCGAGGUCAUUAUCCUGGUCAUCAUCAUCGUGGUCUAUGAAAAACGCAAGAAGCCAGACGACAUACAAGACGAUGACGAACCAGCUGGACCAAUGAAAACUAACUCCACCAACAAUCACAAAGACAAGAACCUUCGUCAGAGGAACACAAACUGAGAACACUGAUAAUAACAUAUUAUACAUGUAUGUAUCGACCAUAUGAAGGUAACCAGGAAAAGGGAUUUAUAGAAAUGUGUUAAUAAGAAUUUAUCUACCGAAUACAACGACGUAGAAGAAGAAGAGGAGGGAGGAGCUACUGUAAAUGUCUGUAUUGUAUGACGAGGCAUGCCUUCUGAUUUUGAUUAUCUAGCUAUCGUGUGACAAGGGUGAAGAAUGUGAUCAAUGAACGUGAUCCCAUAACAUUAUGAAUGAUUUACGAAGUGUCUAUGGAAGCAUUAUAACCAUUGUUUGCUGCAUGCAGUUAUUGAUUGUCGCUGUUUAUUGAUUGUUUUGAUUUGAUUAUUUAUUCUGAUCAAAUUCUUAUCAUUUUUCCCGAUUUUUACUCAAUUCUGAAGUCAUGCAUGCAAGGUACUCUAACUUUCUGUUUGGUCCAGACAUGACAUGGCUUUUUGGGUUUGUGUCCCAAAUGACACUCUUUUUCCCUAUAUAGUCCCCCCGCCCCCCAAAGGUCUCUGGUCAAAAGUACUGCACUCUAUAGGGCAGGAGUAUUCAAAUCUCAUCAUACAACCUCUGUUGAACUGAUGCUUUUUUUCUUCUUCGGUUUUUCUACCUGUUAAUGCAUCUGUCCUACCUGGUGUUCCAGGUCUAAACCAGGCCCCCGGAUUAAAGACAAAGGAGUGGAAAUGGUUUCAAAGUCCAGAUUUGAAUGUGAAUGGAAUGAUAUGGAAUAGGGUGUCACUUGGGACUCAGACUUGUUUUUUUUUGUUUACUUAGAUAAUAGAGAAUCACUAUUUGUGUUGACUAUGAGGAGCUAAAGACUUUGCAAUGUAAAAAGGGAGGAACCCCCCCCACCUGCCCGCCACCACUUCUAAUCUGGUAUGACAGUAGAUCGGUACAGUUUAUCAUUCUGCUGCAUACCAUUUUAUAGCUCGAUUACUUAUUUAUUCAUAUGUUAUCAGAUCACAUCUGGUUUCGCAUUUUAGUAAGGGCUUUGCAAUGUCCCUGUCUUUUUGAAUUUGAUUGAAAAUUCCUAUAUUUAACAUGUACUGUAUGUAUCCAACCACCUUAUAUAACAAUACAUGUAGUAAUAUGAAGGAUAUUCAUUCAUGAGAUGCACUUACAUUUUGGAAAAAUCAUGGAAAUAAAAAAAGGUCUCUAUAAAGUUAAUUUAGUAUGUAAUUGUAACAACUCCUCCUAAUUAUUCUGACUGCUGUGUUUAACUGAAAUAAAAGUGUGUAUUGUGUAUAGCAUGGCUAUUAUCCUAUGCAAUAAUAAUCCAUAUUGAUAUUAAUAUAUACAAAUCCCUCUUAGCAGCUUUUAGAUUCUCUAUGUUGAUCUAGAAUGAUCUUUAGAGCAUUGAUAGAUAGCGUACCAGACAGCUUGUUGAUCUCUAUAGUUGAUAAUGUUAUACAGUAUAUCUAGAAGUUGGAGCUAGGUAGGAGGCAACAGGAACUAUGUUAUGUAUGUCAAGAUUGCCACUUGUAAAGCAAUCCCAAAGUCAAUCACAAGUCAUUUUUAAGAAUAAAAACUUUAAAAAUAAA